GCUUGCAUCCAUCCCGCACUGUUUGUUGCCUCCGUUCAUCUGAUCACCGGCAGAGAUGGGUUUUUAGACACCCUGUUUCUCGCAGAUUACGUUCCUCCUGCGGCAGCUCUGCUUUCCCAUGUUCCUUAGCUCGAUCUGCCUCAGGCUGCAGCCCGCUCCUGCAAAAUGACUCCAGCACCGGUUCGCUCUGUUUCUGCUGCUGGCCGCUCCUCGCUGAGGCCAAACCCUCACGAGCUGCGCAGCACUGCCCCGAAAGCACAGCCCUGGUUGUAUUCAGUGCCCGAGAGCUGCACGGUGCUGAGCAGGCUGAGAAGGCUGCGGGUCCUUUCCCUCUUCAGCUGGGCUGCUGCAAAGCACUGUUGAGGUUGGGCAAUUGGUCUUGCACGUGCGUUGUCUGCUUGGUUAAUUACCCACCGCUGAUAGCACGCGUAGGGUGCGCGGGGAUGGCGGCUGUGCAGCCACAGCUCCGGAGCACGCUGAGCUAACGCAGAGCACCUGCGGACCUGGGGCUCCGCGCACGUGCGCUGGAUUGGCCCCGCUCGGCUAUUGGUCAGCCCGCAGGUGUUAAUUAAUGCUCGGUUCUUAAAUGAGCGGGGCUGGGCCAGGUGGGGGGUUUCCUGAGCUGUGUGGUAGGAGGAGGUGGGCGCCCGAAAUCCUGCCCCUGAGAUGGACGGGGGUUCGAAUGAAGUGUAUGCGAGGGGAAAAGCUGCUUCUAAAGCAACGGGAAGGGCGGUCCUGCGCAGAGCUCGCUAACUCAGUCUCCCUCCCACUGCAAACAUUGGAUUUAAACCUGCUCAGCAUUCAACGCAGACGAAAGCGGCGGCGACAGCAGCAAGCAGCAAGCAAAUCAGCCGCGAGCCGACUGCAGCUCCAAGAUGUACCAUCCUGCCUGCUGGAUCGUCUUCACUGCCACCACUGCCCUGCUCUUCAUCCCAGGAGUGCCCGUGCGCAGCGGAGAUGCCACCUUCCCCAAAGCUAUGGACAACGUGACUGUGCGGCAAGGGGAGAGUGCCACGCUCAGGUGUACCGUGGAUGACAGGGUGACGCGGGUAGCGUGGUUGAACCGCAGCACCAUCCUGUACGCUGGCAAUGACAAGUGGUCUAUAGACAACCGCGUGGUCAUCCUCUCCAACACCAAAACCCAGUACAGCAUCAAGAUCCACAACGUGGAUGUGUACGAUGAGGGGCCCUACACGUGCUCCGUGCAGACAGACAAUCACCCCAAGACAUCGCGCGUGCACCUCAUCGUGCAAGUCCCCCCUCAGAUUGUCAACAUCUCGUCAGACAUCACCGUGAACGAAGGCAGCAGUGUGACCCUCAUGUGCUUGGCCUUCGGGAGGCCAGAGCCCACCGUCACGUGGCGGCAUCUCUCUGGGAAAGGGCAAGGCUUCGUGAGCGAGGAUGAAUAUUUGGAGAUCACGGGCAUCACACGGGAGCAGUCGGGCGAGUACGAGUGCAGUGCUGUCAAUGACGUGGCCGUCCCCGAUGUCCGGAAGGUCAAAGUCACUGUCAACUACCCGCCGUACAUCUCCAAUGCCAAGAACACAGGCGCCUCGGUGGGCCAGAAGGGCAUCCUGCAGUGCGAGGCCUCGGCCGUCCCCGUGGCAGAGUUUCAGUGGUUCAAGGAGGACACCAGGUUAGCGAACGGGCUGGAGGGCGUGCGGAUCGAAAGCAAGGGCCGCCUCUCGACGCUGACCUUCUUCAACGUCUCGGAGAAGGACUAUGGCAACUACACGUGCGUGGCCACAAACAAGUUGGGCAACACCAAUGCCAGCAUCAUCCUGUACGGGCCCGGAGCGGUGCACGACAGCGGCAACGCAGCCUCCCGGGCGGCCGCUGGCCUCUGCCUCUGGGCCACCCUCCUCGCUCGCCUCCUCCUCGACUUUUGAUAAGGGAGUGGAGGGUCCCGGGACGGCCGCCCGGGGACUCCUCUCCGUCGGACGGGCACAACGCCGGAGGACGGGGAGCGGCGCCAAAGGGCCGAGGACGGCCGCGUCUCCCAACCUGCCGGGAUCAUUCUCGCCGCCAGUUACGCUGUACAGACCCCACCACGUGCCACCAGACUGUCACCCGCCACCGUCGCCUGCCCGUGGAAGGGCAGUGCUGCACCGAGCCUUGUCUGCCGCCUUGUCCCUCCUUGCAUCGAGCCGGCUGCGGGCGAUGUGCCCCGGGGAUGGGGUCCAGCGUGGAUGGGGCUCCCUGCUGACACCUGGCAGGCGUCUUGGUGACACCGUGUUGGACACAGGUGUGGCGGGGUGGGGGCCACCCGGAGCAGUCGCUGGGGACGUCCAUCUCGUCGUCACAUUGAGACACCUAUGCCCAAACAGACCCCGAAGUUGAAGCCCUGUGUCUGCCUUGCACCGUCUCGGUCCUGAAUGUGAUCUCUCACCACCAAAGCUCCUCCCGGAUCAUCUCCUUGCUUCUCCAUCCCCUGCUGCUUCCCUUCUGCACCACGGCCCCGCUGCCCUGUGCCCAAGGACGUGUCCCUGCCUGGAUUUGUUAGGAAGCUCCAGUGGACCACAGGCACGUGAGAUGCUCACUGAAUUUCCAGCCCCUUGCUCAAUUUGACAGCUAAAGCACUGCAGCACCGGCACUGGGAGGAGGCACUAACCAACACAGGCAAGCACCAGGCAGCAAGCACAGCCCCAGCUGCAGCUCUGACAUUCCUGCUGCCACCCCUGUGCACCAAGAGGGGAUGGGACCACAGAGUUCCAUCUUUUGGGAGCUUCAGAUCUCCCCAAGGGCUCUUCCCACACUUUUCAGGCAAAUUCCUCUGCCUGCCCGAGCACUGGUGUUUGACCAUUUGGAAACAGCUCAGGCUCCAUUGGAAAAAUAAUGGCCGUCAAUUUGCUGCACCUACACAACAAGGACAAGGAUGCCCUGGUGCCUCCGGCUUGCUGCUUGCUGUGAGAGGCUCCGCUGACACCAGAACAUAUGCAAUCAGAACCUUCUCUUUGCUUUCUCCAGCUGUCCUGCAGUGAUCAACCCCAAUGGGGCCGCGUUGGCUCCCUGCCCACGGCGCACAGUGCUGCAGCGCCCCUUGCAUGGGGGGUGACCUCGAUCCUUCCUUCUGCUCUGGGGCAAGGAUGGGAAGCUUUGGGUUUGUGCUCCAGGGAUAGAACCUCCUACCCAGCUCCAGAGAAGUCCCGCAUGGCACUGGACAAAACGCCAGCAACACAGGGACAAAACAUGAUGGCAGCACACCAAGGAAGCACACAAUGUUCCCCCUACCAUGACCCUGCAUCCCUGGG